AUGAAAGAGCAGAGCCUGAGUUUGAUGACAGCAAAGAAAGCUCCAGCGUCACCGAGGAUUCUCCGUCCAGAGUGGUACACGGUCCGGAUCUCUCUGGUCCCCUCUGGUCCAGCUCCUCUGCACUGGACCAUGUUUCCGUUCCCGUACCUCAGUGUGGUCAGUCCAGACGCUCGAGCAGGUACUGAGGUCUACAGGCUGUCUGUGAGAGACCAGGACCAAGACCCCGGCCGAGACCAGCACGUGCCCCAAGUGCACUUCAGUCUUCUGGAAGGAGGGGACGGCUGUCUGGAGGUGGAGCGGCUCUCAGGACUGGUGAAGACCACAGGAGCCCCUCUGUCUCCUGGGCUGGAGUACGAGCUGAAGGUGCAGGCGGAGGAGGCGGAGCGAGGGGAGGUCAUCUCUGCCUCGGUCUGGAUCCUCGCCGGACUCCGAGCGCCACAGUUCACCAACCAGAGCUAUGUGCUGCGAGUGGAAGAGAACACGGCACCCACACACACUUGCUCGGGAGAUGCCAGUAGCUCGGGAGAUAUCAGUAGCUCGGGAGACACCAGUAGUUUGGGAGAUACCAGUAGCUCGGAAGAUACCAUUCGAUCGGGAGAUACCAGUAGUUCGGAAAACACCAGUAGCUCGGGAGACACCAGUAGCUCGGGAGACACCAGUAGCUCAGGAGACACCAGUAGCUCGGGAGACACCAGUAGCUCGGGAGACACCAGUAGCUCGGGAGAUACCAGUAGCUCGGAAGACACCAGUAGCUCGGUGGCUCUGCUGGAGGCCGUCUCCUUCCAGCGUCGACCUCUGACCUACGUUCUCCUGCUGAACCCUGGGAACCUGUUCAGUGUGAACCAGGAGAGCGGCGCACUGAGUCUGACCAGAAGUGUGGACUAUGAGAGCGGACACCAUAUCCACGCUCUGCAGGUCCGAGUGACCGAGGAGCACACCAGGCUCAGCACAGUCACAGAGGUGGUGGUCCACAUCACAGACGUGAACGACUGCACUCCAGAGUUCGUUCAGUCCAUCUUCACCAUAGACAACGUCCCAGAGACACUGAGUCCAGGAACCUCUGUCCUGCAGGUCCUGGCUCGGGACUGUGACUCGGGUCUGAACUCGGACCUGUCCUACUCGGUUUUGUCGGAGGACUUCUCCGUCUCGGCGCUGGGCGUGUUGAGUCCGGCUCGACGUCUGGACUUCGAAAGACCGAACCACGGCUACGAGUUUAUAGUCAUCGCAGAGGACUCAGGAAGUCCUCCCAGAACCGGCUCCGCCUCCAUCCGGAUCCGCCUCCACAACAGCAACGACGAGACGCCAGUCUUCUCCCAGGACAUAUACCGCACCUUCUUGAGCGAAGACGCGGGUCCAGACACACUGGUCGCCAUCGUCCAUGCUCAUGACCCCGACGGAGACGGCGUGACCUACGCCAUCACCGGGGGCAACGAAGAACGCAAUUUCCUGCUGGACAAAAACAGAGGGGUGAUCACGCUGCGACGGAGCCCCGCCCCCGCGCUCUCGGGCUCAGAGUACAUCCUGAACGUCACGGCAACAGAUGACAACGCAUCAGGAGGACCACACCCUCUGAGCUCCAGCACACAGGUGCUGGUGGGCAUCAACGACAUCAACAACAACAAACCAGUGUUUACAGAGUGUCCUCAGUACAGCGCUCGGGCCCAUGUGUUGGAGAACCAGCCCGCCUCAGUGUCAGUGCUGCAGGUGCAAGCGCAGGACGCAGAUCUGGGACUGAACGGAGACGUGCGAUACGGCCUCAUGCACCGCCACGGCCAGGACCCCGGCUUCAGCAUCGACACUAUCACAGGAGUGAUCACGACCACAAAGACAUUUGACCGUGAGCGAGAGCGGGAGCUGAGUGUGUCAGUGACCGCCACAGACCGAGGGGAGGAGCCUCUGAUGGGGAUCUGCCUCGUCACGAUCACCGUCAGAGACCAGAACGACAACACGCCACGCUUCGAGAACAGCCGCUACCAGCACUUCCUGAGAGAGGACACUCCAGUGGGGACUAGUUUUCUGCGGGCGGCGGCACACGACGAUGACCAGGGCAGCAACGCAGCCAUCACCUACUCACUGACCAAUCACAGCCCAGCUUACUUAGGGGUCAAUCCCACCACGGGCUGGAUCUAUGUCCGGCAGCCGAUCUCACAGACGUCGCGGAUCACGCAGCAGGUCGUAGCCACAGACGGAGGAAACCGCAGCAGCUCAGUGGAGCUCAGCGUCACCAUCACCAACCUGCACAACCAGCCCCCCCUAUGGGAGCGGAGCCAGUACUACACCACCAUCCCAGAGAACACGGCCAGAGACCACAAGAUCCUGACCAUCCGGGCCACGUCCCCAUUGGGAGACCCCCGUGUCACCUAUAACCUGGAGGAGGGCCUGGUCCCAGAGACCAACCUGCCGGUGCACUUCUACCUGAAGCCCAACCGCUCGGACGGCUCUGCGUCGGUGCUGGUGGCGGAGAACCUGGACUACGAGACCACCUCCUUCUACACAUUGAGGGUCCGGGUUCAGAACGUGGCCGCGGUACCUCUGGCCUCCUUCACCACCAUCUACGUCAACAUCACCGACGUAAAUGACAACGUGCCGUUCUUCCAGUCGUCCACGUACGAGGCCACGGUGCCAGAAGGGGCAGAGGGCGGCACCACAGUGGUCCAGGUGACGGCCACAGACCUGGACUCUGGACCUCACGGAGUGGUGCGAUACUCUCUCCUGGGGGACGACAGUGGAGACUCUCAGUUUUUCUGGAUCGACCCAGUGGCUGGAUCCAUCCUGACACGGGCCUCUUUCGACCGCGAGCAGAAGUCCUCAUACCUGCUGGAGGUCCAGUCCCAGGACGGGACCGAGUCUGCCAGACCUGGCCAACAGGGACUGCCCAACACUGAAGAAACGUUCUCUUAUGAGAGCAAAAGUUCUUUCAAACCCGAGGUGCCCUGA